AUGACUGCUGGUUCAGUUUGUGUUCCUCAGAUUAUCCCAUUAAGGGUCCCUUGUCCAGGAAAAAACAAACAUGAAAUAGAUACCAAUACGCUUGUAGAAAUGAAAUCAGAUACCACGGGUGUCAACAUAUAUUACACCUUGGAUGGCAGCAAACCUGAGUUAUUAAAGAAAAAAGGAUAUGGUGAAAAUAGCACUUUUAAGUAUACGGGACCAAUCACUCUUCCUGAUGGAAAAAUACAAGUUAAAGCUAUGGCAGUCUCAAAAGACUGCAGGGAAAGUGGCAUCGUAACAAAGAUAUUUCAGGUAGACUAUGAGCCAACAAGUGUGACUUCUUUUCAAGAAGACAAUGAUGAAAAUAUUCUCAAAAACUUUGACAAUCAGGAAUGGAAAAAUGGAAUCUUAGCAUCAAAGCUUGAAGAAAGAGAUAUAAAUGUUGAAAACAAACCUGGUCGUAAUGCUGGAAUUAAAUCCCAAGAAAGUCCAAUGGAACCCCCAUCUCGCCAAGCGGAACCAAUUUUUACACAAUCCAAUUCUCAGUCCCAGCUUACUAAUUCACCAUGCAUGAAUGGCCAGAAAAGGCUGAUCGGUGCCCAGGUCCUGAGAAUUAAUAAAGCAACAAACUUUUUCAAGUGUUCAAAUUGUUUAACUACUCGCCCAUGUGACCCUUUUACUCUUUUCUGUCAAGAAUGUGGUACUCCUGUUCCACCUAUAUUUGGUCAACACCAUCCACCCCCAGAAGGAGCUCAGAUGGGGAUGUGCACUGAAUGCAGAACCAUGGUACCAGUGAACACUCCUUUAUGUGUUGUGUGUGAGGCCCCUCGUGCUCCACAGCUACAGCACCAGGCUAAUGUUCAUUUAAAGGGUAAGGGAAUCUGCCGUUUUUGUGGAACUGGAAACCCGGCUCCCUUUAAGCACUGUGUGACCUGUGAGAGUCGCCUGCCUGAAACACAUGUGCCAAUGUUCACUGGAGGAGUAACUUCACCUCUUAUUCAGAAGGAAGCAACUGUUUCCUGUCCAACAUGUGGCCGUAGGAAUCGUUGUGAUGCACGUUUUUGUGACUGGUGUGGAGCUAAGCCUCCUGCUCCUGCUGGCUCUUCCAUUUGCAAUAAAUGUAGAGCCAGCAAUUAUCCAAAUGCUCGAUACUGUGGAUCUUGCGGUGAUUAUGUGGAACCCUUCACAAAAAUAGAAUCUAGUAAUAGUGUGAUCUUUAAUGGUAGAGAAAUGGAGACUCUUUCUGAGCCUCAAUCUGCAUGGCUACAUGCUCCCUUGUCGAAAUCUAACAUGCCAAUAAAGAAGGACAAAGGCACACAGACCGUUGGACUGUUUUAUCCAUCAAACAAGUUUUUGGGGAAAAAAGAAAUGGAUCUUUUUUCUCUAAAAGAAAGGCAAGAGAAGAUGAAUGAUCACAGGCCUCUGCUCACAGCCAUUAGCCCUGGAAGAGGAUAUUGGAGGAAACAGUUGGAUCAUAUCUUUGCUCAUCUCAGAAGUUAUACCCAGAACAACCCUAACUUCAGGGCCUUAGUUGGAGAACCAAGGAUGGGAAAGCUUCUCUCAGCUACAAUCCAUGAAGAUGGUUAUGCAGUCAGCAUCAGGCUGAAUUACAUGAAAAUCAUAAAGAAUAUUUCCACCAACAAACUAGUAAAUUAUGACAAGCAUUUUCCAAGCACAACAAUAGAAGGUCGAAAUGGACAUUAUGGUAGCCAAUUGUGCGCAGUAAAUGAAAACAACCAAAGCACCUCAGACUCUACAAGGGACAUAAUGAAUAAAAGGAAGAUACCAUUUCUAGGAAAGGAAGACCUUAUUUCAGCUGAAAGUAGACACCUUUUGAAGGAAAUAAGUCUAAAAGGAGAUGGAAGAAUCUUUGUGCUUGAACAAAUGCUUGAUGAGGGAGCUGAUCCCAAUUGUACCAAUAAUGAAGACAGACCUUCUUUAACUGUGGCAGUUUUAAAUAAGCACCAUGAAGCAAUACCAGUUCUUCUGCAAAAAGGUGCAGACAUUGACCACCAGUCAGGACCACUCAGAAACACAGCUCUUCAUGAAGCGUGUCUGCUGGGGCCAGAAGGAAAGAAAUGCAUAGAAGCCUUAUUGAGAUACAAUGCAGAUAUUCAAAAGAGAAAUGAAGAAGGACAGUCAGCGUAUGAUUUGGCUCUGAAGACUGGGAAUGAUGAAAUCAUCUCACUGUUUGCUGCAAAACUUGGCCAAGGAAUCCUGGACCAACAUACCCAAUCUAAGAACCUCAGUCUAGAAGACUUUUGACCCUAAGUUUCUUUACUCCUAAAUGCCACUUUGUCUUUAUUUAAAGAACCAGCACACAAGGCCAUGCCCUGAUUACUCCGUAUUGUGAUAAAUAUAUCCAU